AUGGUCGAUGAUUAUAAUAAUAAUAACAAUGAUAGUGAUAAUAACUCAAUAACAACAAAAAGAAUAAAGACAACAACAACACAAACAAGAGCAACAACACGAACAACAACAACAAUACAAACAACGACAAUAGAAACGACAGUAGUAGCAAUGAUAAUAAUGACAUUGACAAUCAGAUAG